CACAAAUUUUGUUAGAAGCACUCGGCCCCCAAAUGGGGAGGGGUUUAGGUAUAAGAAACGAUGCUCUCCCCCAAAUCGAGGCGAGCUUGCCAGGCCACGUUCAACCGUGUCAACCCCAUUUUCACUUCGCACGUGAUAUCGUUAUAUCACUAUAUCUCUCUUCACAUCGUUGACAUUUGAAUAGUCGGCACGGACGACAUGGUUCUCCCCACCGGCGUGUACCGAGCAGACCAUGUAGGAUCCUUCCUGCGGCCAGCCGCCCUGCUCUCCGUCCGCGAGAAGGUCGCCACCAAGCAACUCCCCUCGUCAGACCUCCACGCCCUCGAAGACCGCUGCAUCGCCGACGUCGUGAAGAAGCAGCUCGCCGCGGGCCUGCGCUCCAUCACCGACGGCGAGUUCCGCCGCGCCUACUUCCACCUCGACUUCCUGCAGCACUUUUCGGGUGUCUCGAUCCAGGGGCAGACGGGCACCAUCCGCCCGCACGGCUUCUCGCCCCCCGUGUUGGCCGUGACAGGCAAGCUAGGCCACCCCGCGCCCAUCCAGGUCGCCGACUUCAAGUUCCUCGAGAAGCACAUCGGCUCCGCGGCGGCGUCGACCAAGGUCUGCAUCCCCUCGCCGACCAUGGUGCACUUCCGCGGCGGGCGCGCGAGCAUCGACAUCGCCGCGUACCCGGACCUGGACCCGUUCUUCGUGGACCUCGCGAAAGUGUACCAGGACGAGCUGGCGGCGCUGUAUACGGCGGGCUGCCGCUUCGUGCAGCUCGACGACACCAACCUGGCGUACCUGUGCGAUCCGGAGAUGCGCAAGGCGGCUGUGGAGCGCAAUGAGGAUUUGGACGCGCUCCCGCGGCGCUAUGCGGAGCUCAUUAAUGCGGCGAUUGGGGCGCGGCCGAAGGAUAUGAAGAUUGGGAUCCAUUUGUGCCGUGGGAACUAUCGGUCGAAGUGGUUUGCUUCGGGUGGGUAUGAGCCGGUGGCAGAGGUGCUGUUUAAGGAGCUGAAUGUGGAUGCGUACUUCCUCGAGUACGACGAUGCGCGAAGCGGGGACUUUGAGCCGCUAAGGCAUCUGCCGGAGCACAAGGUGGUCGUGCUGGGGCUGAUGAGCAGUAAGAAGAACACUCUGGAUGAUAAGGCGGAGAUUAUAGAGCGACUGGGACAAGCAGCAGCGAAGUGUAAAGGGGGUUUGGACCAGUUGUGCCUGAGCCACCAGUGUGGGUUUAGCUCGACGGCGGAGGGGAACGAGUUAACGGAGGAGGAGCAGUGGGCGAAGGUGAGGUUGGAGGUUGAGAUUGCGAAGGAGGUGUGGGGAGACGAUAUAUCGAAGUGAGGAGAGCGUUAGCGUUCGAAUCGUGGCAAUUUCGGCACAAAAAUGAAGCACCUGCAAGCGAUAGCAUAGAGGCAUAUUAGGAUAGUUUACGAAUCCGGAAUAUGACCAAUUAGGAGAUAUAGCUCGGGGACAUCAGACUCCGAACCAGCCUACAUCCUUUUCCUGCUACAACGGCACACCAUUGGUGAUCUCGCCAUAAGGAACUGGCUCAUAAUCUCCAAAGCAAGCGUA